UCUCAGCAGGAGAAUGCAACCUCGAGCGAAGAGCUCCCUCAACGAAUACCUCUUCGAACUAUGUGUACCUUUGGCAAUAUGUCUACAUCUACUUAUUGGACAGUCUUCGUUUUACAGUCGAUUCAGCUAUUCAACGCAGUACUCAUUGAAAGUGGAAACGACGUUUUCUUCUUUGGGAUUUCUAUGCAGGUUUGCGGUCAACUCGACUCACUAAGAAUCUUACUCGGAGAAUUUAGACAGGAAAAGGAGGAGGAUCGUGUUCGAGAAAUCAGGGAAUUCGUUGAUAAGCACGCGCAUUUGUUGGGCCUUGCCCGACGAAUCGAGGACACUUUCACUAAUGUUCUUUUAGUACUUUUAAUGACCAAUGGAAUGCACAUCUGUUUAACAGGUAACGGAUUUGCUACCGUCGCGUUCGUUGUCAUCCUGAUACAACUUUUCUUGUACAGCUACGCCGGGGAUUUUCUCUCGUCAUUAACUCAAGAUAUUUAUCAUGUGAUUUAUAAUUAUCCUUGGUACGAAUUGUCACCGAAUAACGUUCGAAAUUUGGUGUUCAUAAUUAUGAGGGCACAUAAACCUUUUCGCCUGAGAGCUGGAAGAUUCUAUCCUAUGGAUAUAGACAGCUUCAAGAACAUUUUGAAGGCAUCUUUUUCCUAUUUUUCCGUCUUACGAAUUGUAUUCGAAGAAUGAUCCAUUUAUAAGCAAGCAAGUGAUUACUAGAUAAUAAAAAUUCAUAGUAGUUUACGAUCACGAAUUCGUUCGA